GUGCGAAAUGACCUCAGCACGGUCAGCACCCGAGGCGACUCGCUCGGUACUGAAGGCCGUGGCUAGCUUUCUACGCGUAUAUAGUACUCCCGUCCAUGCACCGGUGGAAAGUGGUUACCUCACAAGCAGCUCACGGGACUGGCGGGCGACACAGCCGGUCCUUGGCUGUGAUAGGCGCUGAGUGGCCGGUUAUAUUAUCCGCCUAUUGAUUGAUAUGUUGAGCAUUCACAGUGGCACUCUGCAAAGCUGUGCUUGCAAGACCCUUACGUAGACGGGGUCCAAUUCAACCAACUCAUCAUUGCUACUGGUGGUUCCCCUCCAUUAUCUGUAAUUGAUAUGUUUUGUUACCGUUCCCAAAUCGUAUUCGUCACUCUGGGUUAAUCCUGAUUUCCUUGGAUCAUCUGUCACAAGUGACUUUUUUUCCUGUUUUCAUCCUCGCGAUUCCAGUUUUCUCGUCGCCUCCCCUGUCUGUUUGCCAACUUUGGACAAGGGUCGGGAAAGGCUGCGCGGAUCGGAGGGGGUGCGAGCAUUGCGGAUGCGAUAAAUAUGAAAUAAUGUGCGCAGAGUGCAAAGUACUGGCAGGAUCCUUUCCGUAUCGAGAGCACCCGCACUCCCACACUGCCUGCCACUGGUGGCUCCCGAAGCUAGAGCCUUGGACCCAAAGGUAGGCAGGCCAACGCGAGCUCAGUCUCACUCCAUGAGCAUGACCAUUCUUCCCCAACCUGCCAAUUCCCCAGCAUCAGGAUGAAAUCAGCGGACCCAGGGUCCUUUGGGCCCUCAAGGUAGCAGGCUUGCUGUGGCUAGUCGGGAGACCUCCACCAUCGAAUAACAGCUCCCGCCUUCCUUUAGGGAUGUCUGGUCAAGGAACAGGCCAUCAGGUUCCCUUCAAGCCAUGUCCAACGCGGCGCUGUUUCAUCCACUCGUUGCUCUCCUCGACUUGCUCCACUCGGUAGCAUCACCCAUCCAUGCGUCUGGCCCCUCCCAUCCAUGCUUGUUUGCUUGUCUGGAUUCAUUUUCCAUGUUCUUUGGGCUUGUCACAAUCGAUCGAUGGAUUCCCAUCCUUGCUGGCUUAUCCCGCUGGGGCCCUGUUUCUGCCCUUUGGGAUUUUUUUCCCUUGAAUCUGGACCUUGUCUAACAGUCAGUUUUCUUUUUCAGGCUUCGCUGUCCUCCUUCGACCGCCACGAACCCAUUAUUGCCGACAUACCCCCAUAAUUGAACAUACCGUUUCGUCUUACCGCCGACUCACAUUUCCCAUUCCACAUCACAUCACUUCCCACUUGUCGCCCCCCUUCCCCAGACACUCUUCGAUUGAGGCGUGCGCCCAGUGAUACUAGCCCGCACUGUGCCCAGUUUCUGCAAGUAGACCGAGUCAUAGCUGCUGCACAUGAGUCCAUUCGACGCGACCUAAACCAACAGUGGCAAAAAAAAGCUCAAUGCCUCUCCAGAGCUCUGCCUCGAGAUAGCAUCGCCUUCGUGCCCUCUGGGAGAUUUGUCAGGAUAAUACUUCAACUCCGAGGGCAUCUCUGGCCUUUUUGAUCAUUCAACUCCCUGCUUUACCCAAAUCUUACCCGUCGAAAAUGGCUUCCAGCAAGGAUAAACAUCUUCUCACAAUCGCUCCAGGCCCCGGGCCAUUGCGAGAAUACAAGCCCUUGACAAAGAACAAGAAGAGCUCGAGUGCAUGUUUGCCAUGUAAGCAAGCAAAGAGAAAGUGUACUGGACGACCGGCCCCAUGUAAGGCUUGUGAGAAUAACAAAAGUGAAUGCGUUUUCGACGAGUCGAAAGAUCUUAGGCGCAAGCUCGCUGCGAAACAAACCAGCAAAGAUCUAGCAAAGACGUCAGAGGAUCUCGAAUACUAUCGGCGUGUUCUAAGAAUCCUCGUAGGGCAGCUGCGCACGUCAACAGGCGAAAAGCUUGAGGAUCUCUUGACAGUUGUGCGCCAAGGUCGCGGUGACCUGGAUGAAGUCGCCACGAACAUUCUUCAGAGAUUUCCCCAUGCAUUCGAAACAGCUUUUCCCGAGGGAUCGCCAGCUGAUGCGAGCGACACUAGCUCCGAGGACCUAAGAAGUCCUGAGGACCUGCAAAGCGUCGGAAGCCAGGAUAGCAGCGCAAUGGUCAAUCAUUCCAGGAUUUCCAUCAGAGAGCUCUGUGAUACUCCCCUUCUGCGGGUUGAAUGUCGUGCAUGGACGGCUGUCACGCAGGAUGAUCACCUUGUCUCUCAUCUGAUAUCAGUAUAUUUCACGUGGGAUCACCCACUAAUGCAGGUGGUUGAUCAAAAUCUGUUCCUGGAGCACAUGAAGCUGGGUGACACAAGGUCAAAGUUCUGUAGCCCUAUGCUCGUGAACAGCAUUCUAGCAUUGGCGAGCAUAUAUUCGCAUUAUCCUGAGGUAUAUGGCGCCCCGGGAGACAUAUAUUCUCGAGGUCAGCAUUUCUUCGAGGAAGCAGAGAAACAGUGGAAGGCCCAAGAGGGUCGACCUUCACUGACCAAUAUUCAGGCUCUGGCUUUGAUGAGCCACAAUUUGAAGCUUCAAGGAAAGGACAAUGCUAGCUGGCUCUAUCUUCGUCAAGCUGUACAACUUGGGCAAGACCUUGGCAUUUUCAGAUCGUCAAGCUCAAGACCCAGCGAAUGGGACCGGAUGCCGGACGAACUCAAGCAUUCUAGCGCCCGAACCGCUUGGGGUGUCUUUAUAAUGAACUCACACAUGUCCAUGGAAUCUCGCAGAAUAUCAAAUCUCGAAAUACCCAGAUUGACACUCAGUGAGAUGGACGGUCCACAAAGCGACACCAUGUGGGUUCCCUACCCUGUUCGAGACCGCGAAUAUUACCCAGAAAGAUUGGCAAAUCUUCCGUAUGUCUUGAGGAAAAUGGUGGACUUGACCGAGACCGUCUUGGAUAUACAAAGCCUUUUCUUUGACAGGGCUUUCAAUAUGGGCAUCGACAAGGUGUGGAAAGAGGUAGACUCAUUGUAUAGUCGCCUUGAAGAUUUUCUUCAAAGUCUCCCUGACACGGAGAUUAUUGAUGGGGAACCUAUUCCACAAAUGUUAUUUCUGCAUAUAAAGUGCCACCAAGUCAUCAUCUUGCUUCUGGGUCUUCUUCUCGAGCAGCGAAAUACGGAAACGUCACUAGAUCCGAGCACGAUCGAAUGGGUUCAAACCAGACAGAUCAAUGCCGCAAGACAGAUUGCCGACUACCUCGAUUUGUAUUGUCGACACUAUGGAUUGCCACAUACGCCCAGUCUGAUUUUCGGCCCUGCGAAGAGCGGCGCGCUCACGUUACUCCCGUUUCUGAAUGACGAAUCAGUCAGCGCAGCGUUCUCUGUGUUAUGGAAGUUUCUCGAUUCAUUCAGCAGAAAAUUCCCCGCCGCGAAAGAUGCCUUGUUUGAAAUCUAUUCCGUACUCGAUAAUUCGCCAAAUCCGUUGCCGGAAGAAGUUGUCGCUUCAGUCCAACGCCGAGACUCAGAAUGCUCAUAAUGCCAGGAUGCUGAUGGAAUAGAAUCCGGAGGCGCGAAGUUAACGUGCGAAAUGAGGACUUGGAAGAUGGAUAGCGGCAUACUCAGAUUCGUGCGCCUACCAGUAAUGCUGGAGGAUUUCGUACGCGCGGAAAUGGAAGGGACAACCGAGGGGUGAAUGCCUGAAGGCUGGUCGGUGGUGAUACUUGGAGGAAUAAAAGAGGUCUUGCAUCGAGAAUGGGUCUAUUCAUCAGCGAUAUUAGCGGCCCUGGAAGCGUUAAGGGGUCAACAAAGGUAUGAUGAUUGAGCAGGCUGGCCGACACCCCAUCCUUUCAUGGUGAGUUCGCGGUGAGGAUUACUCCUCUAUUCCACGAGGGAGCAGGGAGAACAGUCUGAAGCCGUCAGGGAGCUCUCUGCCUCAUCACCACGUCCUUUGACGGAAAGAGGCUUGCAUGCUGAGAGCUAACUGACGAAGACGGCAACGAACUAUUUUCCGCAAGUGUCUGAACGCCACUACGGAGCGCCGUAGAUUUGUUUUCGGAUGAAUGAGCAUGGAAACGGUUUCCUUGCUCUCGAAUUGGUUGAUCUACGGAUAAAUCAUCCCAGCCUUCUUACAGGUCGGCUGAGCUAUUUCAUGCCAUGGUACCUCCACACUAUCUCGUGACGGCGUCCCUGAGAGCCGGCGGAUUAGUCUUAGACUUGGACGAGCGGGCCCUUUAUUACGACCUUUUCUUCUAGUAGUUCGCAAUUGUGCCUCGUGAGGAUAGUGUGUUGGCAAAUGAUGCGCUGUUCAUAUAAGGAUCACCGACAACUAUUAGUUGACUACGAAGAGAGCUUUUGAAUGGUAUGGUCGUGGACCCCGGGGUACUCGGAAGGGCAUGCAAUUCUUUCACAACUGGAAUACCGUUACAGAAAACCGGACUAGGAUUUGUGUGCAUAUCACAUCAAGACAAUUUAGACACCAUAGGAUCAGAAUAUCCUUUUCAACUCAAACGAGUUUGUAGCAAAUACACAGUAUUUCACUCAUGUUGUGAUUAACACACUGCUAUUGAUUGUGUCUACU